GCGCGCCCGGCAAGGGAGCGUGUGUCGCCGCCGCCAUCACCUCUCGCCCCGGCAGCAUGUACUACAGCAGCACGCAGUGGCGCCACUGGACUUUCCGCAGCGAGGAGGAUCUGGCGCAGCGCCGGGCCGAGGCCAACCGCAAGUUUCUCGAGAAGGCGGUGGCGAGUGGGAAGGUCCAGCAGAGCGAUCAGGUUCUCUUGGAGCCCCACGAGGAGCUGGCGAUAUGCAAGUACUACGAAAAGCGGCUGCUGGACUUCUGUGCUGUUUUCAAGCCGGCUAUGCCGAGAUCUGUGGUGGGAACAGCUUGUAUGUAUUUUAAACGCUUCUACCUCAAUAACUCGGUGAUGGAGUAUCAUCCUCGGAUAAUAAUGCUAACAUGUGCAUUUUUGGCCUGUAAAGUAGAUGAAUUUAACGUGUCCAGUGCACAGUUUGUUGGUAACCUUCGAGAAAGUCCCCUUGGACAGGAAAAAGCUCUUGAACAAAUACUGGAAUAUGAACUGCUCCUUAUUCAGCAACUGAACUUCCAUCUUAUAGUCCACAACCCAUACAGGCCAUUUGAGGGUUUUCUAAUCGAUUUAAAGACUCGCUAUCCAAGGCUGGAGAAUCCUGAAGUUCUGAGGAAAACAGCUGAUGACUUCCUCAAUCGGGUGGCUCUGACAGAUGCGUAUCUUCUCUUUACUCCCUCACAGAUAGCUCUCACUGCCAUAUUAUCUAGUGGUUCAAGAGCAGGAAUUAAUAUGGAAAGUUACUUAUCGGAAAAUCUUAUACUGAAAGAAAACAGAACAUCCUUAGCCAAGCUACUGGAUGACAUGAAAUGCAUGAAAAAUCUCAUAAAGAAGUAUGAACUGCCAAGGCCUGAAGAGGUUGCUGCUCUAAAACAGAAAUUAGAGAAGUGCCACAGCUCGGAGCUUUCGCUUAAUGCAAACUUGAAGAAGAGGAAAGGUUAUGAAGAUGAUGAUUAUGUCACAAAGAAAUCUAAAGUGGAUGAGUUCACACAUCACUGGGAAUGUGACAGGGUGUGCUAUUUUUGGCAAGAGCAAGAAGAAAGUGAUACUGGUGUGAGUUGCCAUGUUGGGCAUGCUGGAUCCAUGCAGAAUUCAGGAUCCUGGAAAAACAGGCAGCUUCAGCACCCCUAACGGGCAAUGGCGAUGGUGACUCACACGGACAAUCAGGACUUGGAUGACAGCAUGGUGGUGAAUCAAUUUUUUGUUUUGAACUUGGCAUCUUUUAGAAGAAUGUGAUUGAAAUUGGUGUUAUUAAGGGAGCAAGGUGCUUCUGUGUCCCAGAUAUGUUAGUGCUACUUCAUGAAUCUUUCUUCACAAAUGAAGAAAGUGGCAAGAGACUUAAAAGCAACUGUUCCUGUAUUAACUGGUUGGCUGGAUAUGUCUGAAUUUUCCUUGUCAGCACCCUUAGUUUCCUUCAAAUUUGAUAAUGAUUGUAGUUGUGUUUAUUACGGUUUGUAUUAUGUUAUAUUAGUGUAUAGGUUGUGAAGUCCAUGUUAACAGUAGAGUAUGUCUUCUAAAAUUUUUUUGUGUAGUUAUUUAGGAAUGACAAUCCACAACAAGCAUUAAAGCUCACUGGGACUGCACUCCCUUUUAACCUUGGAGGCAAGAGGUGACCGUGCCACCACUCUCCAAGGAGACCAGCCAAAUCGUGAGUGUGGUCAUGGGGUGGACUGUGGGUCAGGUGCACCCACCCUGACAGAGACAGGGCUUCCUGGCCGUUGAGACACAGCACCUGCUGAUUCUUUCUUUUGCAUCCUUGUUCUCAGGGUUUUCAGUAAUUGGGGCCCUCAGCUAAGAAGGGCUGAUGCUGACCACAGAUCAGAUUCAUCUCGGGUAUAAAUGGAGUCCCCUGGGGAGCCAUUUUGAGCCAGUUCCCUCUGGAGCAGCACACACAGCAGCAGUCGAGGACUCUCCCCUUGGCUCUGGACACUGCCCAAGGAAACUCCUUGAGGUUCCCCCCUUGGGUUGGGACACGAGAAAUUCCUUGAUGUUGAGCACCCUCACUUUUUAGGUGAAUAACUGAGCAUUUUGGUUUGUUGUUAAACCCUAGGAGUGUAUGCAGUAAUAAUUUUCUCCUCUCGGGGACAUUUGAAUCUGUCAUUUGUGAAUGAUUGCUCGAGUGCCAACUGAUUGUAUUAAAAUAAAUUUUAUUU